AUGAAACGGAUUUGUCGCGCUUCAAGUCAUCGGCCAGCCAUUAUUCUGAUAAUUGCUUUGACUCUGGUCUUCGUCGCCAUCUUGAGUUUUCGGAAACCUUCCAUCAAGGUAGAGACUACAACACAUUACAGUGGAGUUAUUAAGAACUAUGAUGGGAUCAGACAUAUCCAGCGUACAGAACCUGUGGCAGUUGUAGAAAACCCAAAGGCAGUUCCCAGGGAAAGCGCCUCGGAUGUUAUCUGUGUCGCUACACCAUCGCCCGAUACCAGCAGGUACCCGACAAUGGCGGCCGAGAGACAACAUCAAGUCUUCGACCCGGAGAAAGUUCUCAAGUUAUUCUCUUCUUGCCGGGCGGAGGACGAUCUUAUCUUUAUAGACUGUUAUGUCGAUGCUUAUGAAGAGUUGUGCAAGCUGUUCAGAUUAUUUGGCACAAUCUUCACCUUCGUUACUUCGGACGUCGAGCAGAAGAUCUGCAUCCUUCGAGAAUACAACAAGGGAGAUGACUCUCAAGAAUAUAAAACGGUUCAGUCCAUGCUGCAGUUUGAGGUCCUUCAUGAACUCACAGACAACAAGAAGAAAGCUUCUGGGGCUCGAACUCUCCUGCGACUCCACCGGGCCAUGGAGUUUAUCUCUGCGUUCCUCGAGAAACUGAAAGAAACCAAUAGCACAGUGAAGUUCUCCUCGGCCACCAGCGAAGCUUACGACACAACUCUAGCGAGACACCACCCGUGGCUGAUCAGAAAGGCAGUGCAUGUAGCAUUGUACAUGCUGCCGGCUCGCCAGGACCUGCUCAAGAAAAUGGGAGUGGAUGACGACCAAAAAGGCAUGCAAGGAAUUAGCGACUUGAUAUCAGAACUGGUUAUAAUAUUUAAUGUGAUAGAAAAAUUGUAUGCCAAAGAUGAAUUACUGAAUCUGCCGUGA